UUGGCAACACUGCAACAAUGGUUGCGCCAGCGCCUGGAUAAAAUCAAUAAAUCGAUACUGAAAGUAAUUGUGAUUUCUAGCGAGUGUGCUCUUUAAAAAAAGCAUUUUUUGGCUGCACUGCACAAAUAAAGGCAGGCCAUAUGCUAAGCCGGAAAUUUAAUACGAAAUCGUUACUUAGCUGUCACUAUGUUUGUGUUUUCUGUGUAACUACUGAACGUGAAAAAAAUCGGUGAGAAGUCCGACCAGAACUGUCAAUGCGAGAAUAACUAUGCGCCAUUCCUGCGCAUUUUGACAGUAACCGUCUAAGACAAAUCAAAACCAACUCCGCUAAAAUGCCUUUGUUUGGCAAAAAGGAUUCCGGCAAGAAAGCCAAGGCGAAGGACAUUAAGGAGCUGAAUAAACAAGUGUCAAUCGAGGAGAAAUACAACCUUCAUGGGCUUUUGGGGACUGGAGCUUUUUCAGAAGUCCGCCUAGCCGAAAGCAAAGAUACGCCUGGCGAUCAUUUUGCAGUGAAAAUAAUAGAUAAGAAAGCUCUAAAGGGCAAGGAAGAAUCUCUGGAGAAUGAAAUUCGUGUUUUGAGAAGGUUCAGUGCAAAUCAUUUUGAUGGCAAAUGUCCGAACGGAACGCGAUUAACCCAUCCAAAUAUAGUGCAACUCUUGGAAACGUAUGAGGACAAGUCGAAGGUGUACCUAGUUAUGGAGUUGGUUACUGGUGGUGAACUCUUCGAUCGCAUUGUGGAAAAGGGAUCUUACACUGAAAAGGACGCUUCUCAUCUCAUCCGACAGAUUCUUGAAGCUGUUGAUUAUAUGCAUGAGCAAGGAGUUGUCCAUCGUGAUCUUAAGCCGGAAAACUUACUCUACUAUAGUCCUGACGAUGAUAGCAAAAUAAUGAUCAGUGAUUUCGGCUUGUCAAAAAUGGAAGAUUCUGGAAUUAUGGCUACAGCAUGUGGAACCCCGGGAUAUGUGGCUCCUGAGGUGCUAGCACAAAAACCCUACGGAAAAGCCGUUGAUGUGUGGAGUAUUGGAGUAAUAUCCUACAUUCUUUUAUGCGGCUAUCCGCCGUUCUAUGAUGAAAAUGAUGCUAAUCUGUUCGCUCAGAUUUUAAAAGGAGAAUUUGAAUUUGACUCACCCUAUUGGGAUGAAAUAAGCGAGUCCGCCAAGCAUUUUAUUAAGAACUUAAUGUGCGUAGCAGUAGAAAAGCGAUAUACAUGCAAGCAAGCAUUGGCACAUGCUUGGAUUUCCGGAAAUGAGGCCAGUAGCAAGAAUAUUCACGGAACGGUGUCCGAGCAAUUGAAGAAGAACUUUGCAAAAUCGCGUUGGAAGCAAGCAUACUACGCGGCGACAGUGAUCAGACAGAUGCAGCGAAUGGCGUUAAGCAGCAAUAGUAGUGCAAAUCUUGAUUCUACUAGCAAUAGCAGUAACCAAAAAGACUCUACAAAUCCAGCAGCUUCUGAAGCAUCUAUUUCUAAUGUUUUGUCAGCACAGCAAUCUGCACAAAGUCAUGCACAAGAGGUCAGCGAGCCGGUACGCAGCACAAACGGAGCUUCGCAGUAGCAAAGUUGAAUAUCAAAAUUAUGUUACAUAUACGCUGUUUUGAAUUACAUUUUUGAAUUUUAACGAUUAUCUAGUCUAGUAAAUAUGUCAUAUUUACUAAUCGGAUACAUUUUUCAAUCGAAAAUACAAAAACAUAACAAAUGAA